AUGAAGAUCGGGGUGUGUCUUGUGUUUGGACUUCUCAUCGUCUCUGUCCGGACGGUCCUCUGCCAUCUGCCUGACAUCACUCCUACAAAACACGAGCAGGAACAUCUGUCCUUCCAGCUGCAGGUCUGCUCCCAGCCAAUCAGCAGGCCGGACAAGACGGUCCUCGCCAGACUUCCUGGACUCUGCCGGCGGCUGAAGAGACGCCGACUCACCCUGCUGUGCCGUAUGGAGAAGUUCUGCCGGGGGCGGAGUCAGGGGACUCGACCCGGCCAGGUGUGUCGGUGUCCAGGUGGUUCAAGCCCGCCCCCGCCGGUCCGCCCCCGCCGACCCGCCCCCACCAGCCCGCCCCCGCCGACCCGCCCCCGCCAGCCCGCCCCCACCAGCCCGCCCCCACCGCACCGCCCCCGCCGACCCGCCCCCGCCGACCCGCUGCGCACCCCCCCGCUCCGCUAG